AUGGCGGAAAGCUCGUUCCCCGGUACCAACCCGUUUCUCAGCGGGGUCAACAGAGAGAAAUCCCCCGGCAUCCAAAAGAUCUCGGAGGAUGAAGAAUUCGAGGUGACGUCACCCACCAAUGUGACAUUUCGUCAGGCCAACGCCGGUGCGCCAUCAGGGAGCACCAACUUUGGAGGCAGUGCGUUUGGUGGAGGGUCACAAGGAGCGUCGUUGUUCAGUCGGAGUCCAUUCGAGACGGGGCCCGGAUCGGGGCUGGGUCAUCCAGAGGAGGACGGGCAGGGUUCGCUCCCGACAGGAAUCGCCCAGCAAGGGUUCCCCAACAACUAUGCGUUGGGUCGUCGAACCUCGGUGUCGGCCGAAUCCUUAAAUCCCACCUCGGCGGGCACGGACAGCUGGACGCCUCCGCACCACCCCAAGACGGAGGACCAGCUGGCCCGGCUCAAGACCGCCGUCAGCGGGAAUUUCCUCUUCUCCCACCUCGACGACGACCAGUUCAAGACGGUUCUGGAUGCCCUCGUCGAGAAACCCAUCCCCGCCAAGGACAUCAAGGUGAUCUCGCAGGGCGACGCCGGAGAUUACUUCUAUAUUGUGGAAAACGGUCACUUCGACAUCUACAUCCACCCGUCCGGCUCGGUGCAGCCCGGCCCCGAUGGCCUGGGUAACAAGGUGGCGACGACGGGGCCUGGAGGCUCCUUCGGUGAGCUGGCCCUGAUGUACAACGCCCCGCGGGCCGCGACAGUCUUGUCGCUCGACGCAAAAAGUACUCUCUGGGCUUUGGACCGCAUCACCUUCCGCCGCAUCCUGAUGGACUCGGCUUUCCAGCGCCGUCGCAUGUACGAAGCCUUUUUAGAAGAGGUUCCGCUACUCUCCUCCCUCAAGCCCUAUGAGCGCUCGAAAAUCGCCGAUGCCUUGGAUACUAUCAAGUACCCUGCCAAUUCGACCAUCAUCGCCGAGGGCGACCCCGGCGAUGCUUUUUACCUGCUGGAGUCCGGCGAGGCCGAAGCAUUCAAGAACGGGGUGUCUGGGUCUGUCAAGGACUAUCGCCGAGGCGAUUACUUUGGCGAGUUGGCGCUGCUGGACGACAAGCCGCGGGCUGCCAGCAUCGUCACCAAGACGGAUGUCAAGGUGGCGCGGCUGGGCCGGGACGGGUUCAAGCGACUGCUUGGCCCCGUCGAGGAAAUCAUGAGACGCGCGGAAUAUGAUCUGGAUGCCGCCAAGUCCCCUGUUUCCGCAUAA